CAAGGAAGACGGGGAUUCUUUCAGUCAUUCUCCACCGAGAGGGGAGGCCGCCCAACCCGGAUGCACAGAUCGUUUGUGGAGCGGUCAGUUGUGGGGUUCAGCCCGCAGGACUGGGAGUAUUUCAGCACCAGAAAGGACGAACAGCUCCCGCGGCGUUCACCUUUGUUUCCACGCCGCUACUGAGACCUGCGCCCGCUGCAUCUCGCGCAGAGGACCGAGACACGCUCGCUCGCACGCACGCACGCACGCACGCACGCACGCAGAGGGACUUGGUGGAACAGACUGUAUGCCGGAUUUGACGCUUUUAGGGAAAUCAUUUGCAUGCCGAAUCUCGCCGGGCGUAGCAGCUCUACGUCGGGACUGACAAACGAUGGCGGAGUGUGGAAGGAGGGGACUGUCGCUCCUCGAGGAAGCGCGUUCUCGCUACGAGAGCCUGCAAAUUUCCGAUGAUGUGUUCGGGGAGUCGGGAGACGACAGCAGCGAAAACCCCUUUUACAGUACAACGGGAGACUCCAAUUCGGAUAACUACACGGAGACAAAUCCGGACGAUGCCAGAGCAGGUGAAACUAGGGGUCAGAGCUGCGGUCCCCCCGGUUCCGUCUCCAACGGCCAGGCGCAGGAGGAGGGAUGGAGCGACUCGCUACAGGACCUCAGCGUGCCCCACUAUCAGGACACGCAUGGUCCGACACAGAAAAUGCCGGCCACUGCCACGGCCAUGGACUUCUUCCAGCUGUUUGUCCCAGACAACGUCAUUCAGAACAUGGUGACCCAGACCAACAUGUAUGCCAAGAAGUACCAGGAGCGCUUUGGCAGUGAUGAAGGAUGGACCAAUGUGACGCUGGCUGAGAUGAAGGCCUUUCUGGGCUAUGUUACUUCUACUAGCGUGAACCGUUGCGAGUCAGUGUUGAGCAUCUGGAGCAGCGGAUUCUUCAGUAACCGCAGUAUCGCGCUCAAGAUGAGCCAGGCACGGUUCGAAAAGAUCCUCAAGUACUUCCACAUCGUAGCUUUCCGCUCCAGCCAAGGUGGCAGUCAGGGCCUCUAUAAGAUCCAACCCUUCCUGGACUCUCUCCAGCAGAGCUUCGCCUCUUCCUUCAGGUCCUCACAGACACAGGUCCUCCAUGAGCCCUUGAUUGAUGAGGACCCCGUGUUCAUUACCACAUGUACAGAGAGGGAGCUGCGCAAGAGGAAGAAGAGAAAGUUCAGCCUGUGGGUGCGACAGUGCAGCUCCACUGGUUUCAUCUGUCAGAUCUAUGUUCAUCUAAAGGAGGGUCCAGGUCCAGAUGGUUUGGACACGUUGAAAAAUAAACCCCAGCUUCACAGUCUGGUGGCCAAACAGCUCUGUCAGAAUCUGGCUGGCCGUAAUGCAAUCAUCUUCACUGGCCCAAGCAUCACAAGUCUAAACUUGUUUCAGGAAUUUGAGAAACAGGGCAUCUACUGCUGCGGGUUGUUGAGCACCAGGAAGAGCGAUUGUACAGGUCUUCCUCAGUCUAUGCUGAUCAAUACCGAGGCUCCACAGCAACGUGGCCAGUCUCACAUUAAGAUGAGAGGCAAUAUGUCCAUAAUCAACUGGUACAACAAAGGCAACUUCAGGUUCCUCACUAAUGCCUACCCUCCCACUAAAGAAGGGGUGAUCAUUAAGAGGAAGAGUGGAGAAAUCCCAUGUCCCCUUGCUGUGGAGGCCUUUGCUGCACACCUGAGUUACAUCUGCAAAUAUGAUGACAAGUACAGCAAGUAUUUCAUUUUCCACAAGCCUAAUAAGACCUGGCAACAGGUGUUUUGGCUAACCAUCAGCAUCGCCAUCAACAAUGCCUAUAUUCUUUACAAGAUGUCAGACGCCUACCACGUCAAACGCUACAGCCGGGCACAGUUCGGCGAGAGGCUGGUCAAAGAGCUCCUGGAUAUGGACGACUGCUCACCCACUCAGUGAAAGAAACCGCAUGCUGUCUCAAACCCACCCAUGACAACCCACUCAUACUAGCAUACUCAAAUACACUUGCAUUCUGCACUUCAGGGUCAUUUUGAGUGAACAAACCCUAUACAUAACACAAAAUGUGCCAAGUUUGGUUGAAAAAGGGAUGUUUCCCAUCUAAACUCCCAUUUAAGACCCCAUUUGGCCAUUUGAUGCUACAGGACUAAUGUACAUACGUCACUGUAACACUUGCUGCAUGAGAAACACGAAAAUGUGCCCUUUGUAGAUGUGCAAUGAUUUUUAUCAUUAGAGUUCCAGUAAUAGUGUUGACAUAGUUGUGAACCCUGAGGUACAAUGUUUUGUGAAUUCUCUGUUUGUGAGCAGCAUAUCCAACAUUCAGCACUGAUAAAUAUACUGUAUAUACUCUGUGAUUGAGGUGUUUUAUCAGCGAAACGAGAAUGUAAUGCAAUUCACACGUUAAAUCACAGAAAUUCGUAGAUGUUCUCCCAAAUACCUGGGCUUUUUUCUAUUUUAUAUCACUUAAUAUUUAUGACUCUUUUUUUUUUUUUUUUUAAAGGCAACAAUAUUAGUGACACAGAUUAUGUAUAAUGCCACACAGACACCGAAACGAGAGGUGAAAUGUGGCAACACUACUAUGCUUUCCCAAUCGUUUUUGCACUCAGACGUAGUGGUCAGGAUUUCGUAAAAGUCUCCUAAAUAGGAUUUGCAGAUUUUAAAUAAUGUUCCCAAAUUAGAUUUCCCAUCAAAUCUGUAUUCAAUAGAACAUAUUAACUCCUUUGCCUGCCUUACAUUAAUAUCCAUAUCGUUUUGUCAAUUAAAUUAUGAUGAAAAUAGGAAAAGGGCCCAAUAUACAGUAGCAUACCAAAAAUGAUGUAAAUAUUAUUUCUAAUUCAUUUAUAUAUUUGUAUUAUGUGUAAUUUAAAUUGAUUAUCUAGGGGCAUUGAUGUAUUUGCAAAUGAAUCGGAAAAAAAAAGAGAAAAGAAUGAAAUGAUAAAAGACUUUAACUAGAAUGUAUCUCUACCUGUAAGCGGGUGGAUUUAUGUGGUCUUUCACUGUUCCAGAAGCUAUCAAAAUAUCAAUUCUUCUUGUUGCUAUAUUGUAACUGUGGUAAUGACGGUACAAUCGCAGCCCAUGGCAUAAUUCAUUCCUUCAAAGAACUGAAGCGGAUUCAUUUCCCUCAGGUAAUAUUUUUAGUCAAAUAUCUCCCACUGUAUCACUGUGUUAUAUUCAUACUACAUAACGACCACUGUAAGGGACAGAUGUACUAAUGUGAGGGAAUUUGUCACAAAUUUACCAGACAUGUUUAUUUCCUUGGCUUUUCAUUUCUUAUUUACUGUGCCAUCACCUGCUGUUUUUCAAACGCUGCACACUAACAAACCAAUUAGUAUGUUUAUCAUUGAACAUUACUUAAAACAUUCUUUUAAAGCUUCAUAUUCAGUCUUUACAGUUCUUUAUAAAAAGUCCACUUUGUAAUGUCAGCUGCUGUAAUUCACACCAAUAUAUAUAUGCCAUAUUUUAUACCUGCAUCUUUUAAAUCAAGACAAAAGCAAUGUUGCAUUAUAUAGGUGUGCUCAUAAAAAAAUUUUUUUGUCAUGAAUGUUGCAAAUGUUUGAUUUCAAUUCAUUGUAAUAUUUUUGUACUACUACUCUUAUCUACAUAGUCAAUAUACUAACAAAGUACACUUCAGGCGAUAACUGCCCCCUGUGCUUAUCUAAUAUAAAAUGCAACAGAUGAUUUUGAGAUUGUAUAUCCGUGUUUUCCAGAGCAUCUUUUGGGUUCGAUCUGCACUUCAGUGGGAAUUAUUUAAUUAUUUUAAUCAGGCAGACAGUGAACUGUAAUGGUGUUAGAGAGAUGUUUGACCUUAUCUAGGGUGACCUCAGGGUUUUGUAACUACAACAUCUACUGUAGUGCAAUAUAAUGUUGGAGAUUGGACCGGGUGCUAUGAACCUGUCUGCCAAGAACAUAAUCUGUAAGCCAGAAAAUGGUCGGCACGACCGAGACUUUUAAUUAAAGCUCUUGCUGGUGCAGUACAUUAGAAUAAAAACCUUCCAAUAAGCAAAGUUUCUGCUUUUGCACUGGCCACUAACAUUGUACGAUAUACUUUAGGGCCAGCUUCGUGUGGCAUGAUAGCAGGUAAAAACAAACUGUCCUUUUAAUAACAAAACAGCUAUGACAAUUAUAUAGUCUCAUUUACUGGAACAAAUUCCUCAAUAUCUGGUCAGCGUAACAAGAACCCAGUGUUGGACAUCUAUCUAUUUUCAUGUAUGAAUGUUGUGAAUGUGCCGUGUCUUGCUGUAUAAUGCUUGGUGUUCCUUCACUUGUCUUCUCACUGUGAAUGUUGAAAUGAUUCAGGUGUAUGUGAGAGUAUCUAUGUGUUAUCUGUAAUGUUCACCUCCACUGUAUGUCCAGUUAUCAAACUGACCUGUGCUUCACCUCCCUGCUUCUAUGUGAGUUUACACCAAUUUGCACACUAAUAAAUAUUGUUUAUACAUAAUUUUUCCCCUACAGUAAUUGGUUGCAACAUUCAUUGCACUAUUACUAGAAUCUCACAAAGAAUUGUCAAGGUCAAAUUUUCUAUUAAAUAGAAAAAGAAAAAACUCUCUCUCUCUAUAUAUAUAUAUAAUAAUUAUAUAUAUA